GGCUCUCACGUUUGCUCUCCGUUGAUCUCGAGACUCCACGUGGCGACUCCACACUGGUGGAUCCCACGCUGACGUGGAUAGAGAGAGCUGGGACAGAGAAACAAAAGAAAAAGAGCAGAUAUAGAGCCCGCGCUCAGAGGCCGUCCGAAAAAAAACCAGAGAGGCGAAGAGAGAAGAGAGAAGAGAGAGAAAGAGAAUUUCUAGAGAGAGAAAGUGAAGGUCUUUCAAGAGAGAGAAAGGAGAGAUAGAGAGGGAAAGAGAGGAAGGAGCUUCUUCUCUGCUUCGUUCUUCGCCUUCCUUUCACAACCGAAGUCGCGUAUUCGUUAGCUGCCCUGUUUUUUAGGGCAAAAGAUUUAUUAUUGUUAUUAUUUUAUUUUAAUAAAAAAGAAAAACAAGGGAAGAAAGCCAGCUUGGAGAGCAGCGGGCGGAGAUCAGGAAGUGGGGGAAAUUGUGGCCGGAUCUUGGUUGCUGCUCUCAAUCUUUGAUUGGUUUUUGCUCAUCUGGUUUCGUGAAUUUUGGGAUUUUAUUUUUUUGCGGGGGGCUGGAGGAAUCGGAGGGAGGGGGGAAGAUUGGGCGAUAGGGGAAUUGAGCUUCCAGAUCCUUCUAGAUCGCGGCGGGGUUGUUCCAGGAGGCUGCGAUCUGCGGUGCGUCGGAUGAGAAACUUCACAUGUUUCAGGGAUCCAGGAAAACAAUGAAAUGGGUAUCAUUGCUUAAGGACAUCAAAGAGAAGGUCGGUUUAUCGCAAACUCCAGCGGCGUCGCCAGUUUCAGGGUCAUCCUCAUCUCCUUUUUCCAGCAAUGAAAAUGUCCAGUCGGCACGUCAGGACUUCUCGGGGUCUCCUUCAAGAGACAAACAUGAACUGGAAUUGGACUUCAAAAGAUUUUGGGAAGAGUUCCGUUCUUCCAGUUCCGAAAAGGAGAAAGAAGCGGCCUUGAAUUUGACUGUAGAUGUUUUCUGUAGAUUAGUGAAGCAACAUGCUAAUGUAGCCCAAUUAGUCACCAUGUUAGUUGAAACACAUAUAUUCUCUUUUGUUGUGGGAAGAGCAUUUGUAACAGAUAUUGAGAAGUUGAAAAUUGGUAGCAAAACAAGAUCAUUGAAUGUUGUGAAAGUGCUAAAUUUUUUUUCUGAAGUUACAAAGGAUGGCAUCAGCCCUGGUUCGAAUUUGUUAAAUGCAGUGGAAGUUCUUGUAUCUGGGCCUAUUGAUAAGCAAUCUCUCCUUGAUUCUGGAAUUUUUUGCUGUCUCAUUCAUAUUCUAAAUGCUCUCCUGGAUCCCAGUGAUGCUAAUCAAAGGCAAAAGACUCCUGAUAAGGAAGAACUAUCUCUAGCCAACAAAGAUUAUGAUGGUGACGUAGCACAAGUUCGCCAACUAGGGAUUGAGGGAAGUGUUGUGCAUAUUAUGAAAGCAUUGGCAAGCCAUCCUUCAGCUGCUCAGAGUUUGAUUGAGGAUGAUUCCCUUCAAUUACUUUUUCAGAUGGUAGCCAAUGGGUCUUUAACUGUUUUCUCUCAAUAUAAGGAUGGUCUUAUCCCAUUGCAUACUAUUCAACUUCAUAGACAUGCGAUGCAGAUACUUGGUCUUCUUUUGGUUAAUGACAAUGGAAGCACAGCCAAGUAUAUACACAAACAUCAUCUGAUAAAAGUUCUUUUGAUGGCUGUCAAGGGCUUCAAUCCUGACUCUGGGGAUUCUGCCUACACGGUGGGCAUUGUCGACUUGUUACUUGAAUGUGUGGAAUUGUCAUAUAGACCUGAGGCUGGUGGUAUCAAGCUGAGGGAGGAUAUACAUAAUGCCCAUGGUUAUCAGUUCCUUGUUCAAUUUGCACUACUUCUUUCUACCAUGCCAAACUAUCAGGGCAUUCAGUCUACCCAUUCCAAUUCUUCUUCUGAGCAAAAUUCUGUUUCAGCUGGUUCUCAUACAUUUAAUGAUACUAGAACACAAAAUUUCACUGAGAAAAGAGGGGACAACUCGCCUCAAAAUCUUUCGCCAACGUUGUCCAGGUUGCUUGAUGUUCUUGUUAAUCUAGCUCAAACAGGGCCUGCUGACUCUGCAGGAUCAGCUGGAUCCAGAGGUUUCAAAUCUUCUCAUACCAAGGCGAUUGGCCAUGGCAGAAGUCGUACAUCAUCUUCUGAUCGAAUUGGUGAUGAAAUUUGGGAGAAGGACAAUUAUAAAGUUAAGGAUCUUGAAGCAGUUCAGAUGUUGCAGGACAUUUUUCUCAAAGCGAACAGCAGGGAACUGCAGGCAGAAGUAUUAAAUAGGAUGUUUAAGAUUUUCUCAGGUCAUCUUGAAAACUACAAAUUGUGCCAGCAGCUAAGGACUGUGCCACUCCUUAUCUUAAAUAUGGAUGGUUUUCCUCCAUCUUUGCAAGAGAUCAUCUUGAAAAUUCUUGAAUAUGCUGUGACUGUUGUGAACUGCAUUCCUGAGCAAGAAUUGCUUUCACUUUGCUGCUUGUUGCAGCAGCCAAUCACGUCUGAAUUAAAGCACACCAUUCUUUCAUUUUUUGUAAAACUCUUAUCCUUUGAUCAACAGUACAAGAAAGUGCUGCGAGAAGUUGGUGUGCUGGAAGUUCUGUUGGAUGAUCUGAAGCAGCACAAGUUUCUUUUGGGUGCAGAUCAACACAAUGGUAAUCCUGAUCAGCUGGAGAGAAAAUCGAGCUCUGGCGGCUUCAAGAAACACUUUGACAGUAAGGAUGCUAUCAUAUCUUCACCAAAGCUAAUUGAAUCUGGUUCUGAGAAGUUUCCUCUUUUUGAAAUUGAGAGUACGGUUGCUGUUGCAUGGGAUUGUUUAGUUUCAUUAUUGAAGAAAACUGAAACAAAUCAAGCAUCAUUCCGAUCAACAAGUGGUGUGACCACUGUUCUCCCUUUUUUGGUUUCUGAUAUUCACCGUUCAGGGGUUCUCCGGGUGUUCUCAUGUUUGAUUAUCGAAGAUGUUACUCAGGCUCAUCCUGAAGAAUUAGGUGCACUAGUUGAAGUUCUUAAAAGUGGAAUGGUUACAAGUGUUUCAGGAUCUCAGUACAGGCUUCAAAAUGAUGCAAAAUGUGAUAUUUUGGGAUCCGUGUGGCGCAUUCUGGGAGUUAACAGUUCAGCACAGCGGGUUUUUGGUGAAGCUACUGGGUUUUCUCUUCUACUGACCACACUCCAUAGUUUCCAGAAUAAUGAAGGGCACACAGAUCAAUCUUCUUUAGUCAUUUACGUUAAGGUGUUCACAUACCUGUUACGUGUUGUGACGGCUGGAGUGUUUGAUAAUGCUGCUAAUAGGACAAAGUUGCAUACUAUUAUAUUAUCCCAAACUUUUUAUGAUCUUCUAUGUGAGUCUGGUUUGCUCUCUGUAGAGUGGGAAAAGCAAGUCAUACAGUUGUUGUUGGAACUUGCUCUUGAAAUAGUGCUUCCACCACCCUUGACAUCAGAACUCACCACACCAUCUGAUAUGAGUGAAACUGGAUCAUCUACUUUUGUUUUAGCGACUCCAUCAGGUUCUUUUAACCCCGACAAGGAAAGGGUGUAUAAUGCUGGUGCUGUUAGAGUGCUCAUCCGAUCGUUGCUGCUUUUUACUCCAAAAGUGCAGUUAGAAGUACUGAAUAUCAUUGACAAGCUUGCACGUGCUGGGCCCUAUAAUCAGGAAAACCUCACUUCUGUUGGUUGUGUGGAACUUCUGCUGGAGAUAAUUCACCCUUUUCUUUUGGGCUUAUCACCAUUGCUUUCUUAUGCUCUGAAGAUUGUGGAAGUUCUUGGAGCAUAUAGGUUGUCAACAUCUGAACUUCGAGUGCUUAUUAGAUACAUUCUUCAGAUGAGGCUCAAGAGUUCUGGUCAUAUUCUUGUUAGUAUGAUGGAAAGGCUAAUUCUCAUGGAAGAUUUGGCUUUUGAAAGUGUUCCUCUGGCACCAUUUGUAGAGAUGGACAUGAGCAGGAUCGGUCAUGCCUCUGUUCAAGUAUCUCUGGGGGCAAGAUCUUGGCCUCCAGCUGCUGGUUAUUCAUUUGUUUGUUGGUUCCAGUAUCGUAACUUCUUGACAUCACUUUCCAAGGAAACAGAUUCUUCUAAGGCUGGGCCUUCUAAAAGGCAGAGCACAUCUGGCAAGCAGCAACAUGGGGGCCAUGUUCUCCGUAUUUUUUCUGUUGGUCCAGUGGAAAAUGGGAAUGCAUUCUAUGCAGAACUUUAUCUUCAAGAAGAUGGUGUUCUAACCCUGGCAACCAGCAACUCCAGCUCCUUAUCUUUUUCAGGGUUAGAACUGGAGGAGGAUAGAUGGCAUCACCUUGCCGUUGUUCAUAGCAAACCUAAUGCUCUGGCUGGACUUUUUCAAGCUAGCGUUGCACAUGUAUAUCUCAAUGGAAAGCUGAGACACACAGGAAAACUUGGAUAUUCACCAUCUCCAGUUGGAAAAUCUUUGCAGGUGACCAUUGGGACGCCAGUUACUUGUGCAAGAGUUAGUGGCUCGUCGUGGAAACUUCGAUGCUGCUAUCUUUUUGAGGAGGUGCUCACAUCAGGUUGUAUUUGUUUCAUGUAUAUUCUUGGAAGAGGCUAUAGAGGGCUCUUCCAAGACACUGAUCUUUUGAGAUUUGUUCCAAAUCAGUCUUGUGGUGGAGGUAGCAUGGCCAUCUUAGAUUCCUUAGAUGCUGAAUCACCUUUGGCUUCCAAUGUGCAAAGGCUUGACAGUGCCAGCAAGCUAGGAAAUUCUAAGGCAGAUGGCAGUGGGAUUGUUUGGGAUUUAGAGAGACUAGGAAAUCUCUCAUUGCAACUCUCUGGGAAAAAGCUUAUAUUUGCAUUUGAUGGAACAUGUACAGAAGCACUUCGAGCAUCUGGGGCCUUGUCCAUGCUCAAUCUAGUUGAUCCAAUGUCUGCUGCUGCUUCUCCCAUUGGAGGUAUACCACGCUUUGGACGUCUUCAUGGGGAUGUUUAUGUUUGCGGUCAAUGUGUUAUUGGUGAUAGCAUCCGCCCCGUUGGUGGGAUGGCUGUUGUCCUUGCUCUUGUUGAAGCUUCUGAAACUAGGGAUAUGCUGCACAUGGCCCUGACUUUACUUGCUUGUGCACUUCAUCAGAAUCCUCAGAAUGUUAAAGACAUGCAAACCUGCAGAGGAUACCAUCUGCUAUCUCUCUUUCUUCAUAGAAGAAUGUCACUGUUUGACAUGCAAUCUCUUGAGAUCUUUUUCCAGAUUGCUGCAUGUGAGGCUUCAUUUUCUGAACCAAAGAAGUUGGAAAAUACUCAUAAUAUUUCCUUGCCUGCUGCAACUAUUCCAGAAGCCAGCAUUGAGGAUCUUAAUUUCUCAAAGUUCCGUGAUGAAUUUUCUUCAGUUGGAUUUCAUGGAGAUAUGGAUGAUUUUUCUGCACACAAAGAUUCAUUUAGUCAUAUUUCGGAGCUUGAAAAUACUGAUAUACCAGUUGAAACAUCAAAUUGUAUUGUGUUGGCAAAUGCAGAUAUGGUUGAGCAUGUCUUGUUGGACUGGACCUUGUGGGUUAAGGCAUCAAUUUCAGUUCAAAUUGCUCUAUUGGGCUUUCUUGAGCAUUUAGUGUCAAUGCAUUGGUAUAGGAAUCAUAAUCUUACAGUGCUGCGCCGAAUUAACCUUGUUCAACAUUUGCUAGUUACUCUGCAGAGGGGUGAUGUUGAAGUUCCUGUGUUAGAAAAAUUGGUGGUGUUGCUUGGGGUAAUUUUGGAAGAUGGAUUUCUGGCUUCUGAACUGGAACAUGUGGUCAGGUUUGUGAUUAUGACAUUUGAUCCACCAGAACCGACACCACGGCGUCAAAUUAUUCGAGAGACGAUGGGGAAGCACAUUAUUGUGAGAAACAUGCUGUUGGAGAUGCUCAUUGAUCUACAAGUUACAAUACAUUCAGAAGAGUUGCUUGAGCAGUGGCAUAAGAUUGUUUCAUCCAAAUUGAUAACAUAUUUUCUCGAUGAAGCUGUUCAUCCCACAAGUAUGAGAUGGGUGAUGACUCUUCUUGGUGUGUGUCUUGCAUCUUCUCCUACAUUUGCACUUAAAUUCCGCACUAGUGGAGGUUAUCAAGGUUUGGCACGAGUACUUCCUAGUUUCUAUGAUUCCCCAGAUGUAUACUAUAUUCUGUUCUGUCUGAUGUUUGGAAAGCCUGUUUAUCCAAGAUUACCGGAAGUUCGCAUGCUAGAUUUUCAUGCUCUUAUGCCAAGUGAUGGAAGUUAUGGUGAGUUGAAAUUUGUAGAAUUGUUGGAAUCUGUGAUAGCAAUGGCGAAAUCUACAUAUGAUAGGUUGAGUAUGCAAUCAAUGCUUGCCCACCAAACUGGAAAUCUUUCCCAGGUCAGUGCUGGUCUUGUGGCAGAACUUGUGGAAGGAAAUUCAGACAUGGCUGGCGAGCUUCAGGGUGAAGCAUUGAUGCAUAAGACAUAUGCAGCACGCCUGAUGGGUGGCGAGGCCUCAGCACCUGCUGCUGCAACUUCAGUGCUGAGAUUCAUGGUUGAUCUAGCCAAAAUGUGCCCUCCCUUUUCUGCUAUUUGCAGACGAGCUGAAUUUCUUGAAAGUUGUGUUGAUCUUUAUUUUUCUUGUGUCAGGGCUGCUCAUGCGGUGAAGAUGGCUAAAGAACUUUCUUUGAGGACAGAGGAGAGAAAUUCAAACGAUUGUGAUGAUACCUGUAGUUCCCAGAAUACAUUCUCUAGCUUGCCUAAUGAGCAGGAACAGUCUGCCAAAACCUCCAUAAGUGUUGGAAGCUUCCCACAAGGGCAGGUAAGUACAAGUUCUGAAGAUAUGUCUAUGCCUCUAAAUUAUAUAGCUGGUGAAACAUCAGAAGUAAGGAUUACUGCAUCCCAGCAGGAAUCAAGCAAGUCAAUGCAAGAGUAUGUUCAAGCUGUUCAGAGGUUGGAUGGUGAAACUGUUGACCAGGUGUCUGCCACUUCUUGCUCUAAUGAAUUUAGUUUCAGUAAUAACAAAGGGACUCCGGAUCCCAUUCACCUGACAGAUUCACAGAGUUCUGCAUCUUUACUCAUACCUGAUUCUCCCAUUUUAUCUGAGAAAUCUGGUUCUAGAAUUCCACUCACGCCCUUUUCAUCCUCAGCUAUUGCAUUGUCAAAUUUUCUUGGAAGUGCCAGCGUAAAUGAAUCAAAAGCUCACUUAGUUGGGACUCCUUCCAUGGAAUCUUCUGCCUCUAUGAGUGAAUCUGAUCCAUCUUUAGACUUGAAAUCCAGUUCUCAGGGGUCAUCUGCCACAAACACAUUUUUUGCAGUUAGCCCAAAGCUUCUACUUGAAAUGGAUGAUUCUGGCUAUGGUGGUGGUCCUUGUUCUGCUGCUGCUACUGCAGUUUUAGAUUUUAUGGCAGAAGUGCUUUCUGACUUUGUUACUGAGCAGAUGAAAGCAGCGCAGGUUAUGGAGACCAUUCUGGAAACUGCUCCUUUAUAUGUUGAUGCUGAAUCCAUUUUAGUUUUUCAGGGUCUGUGCCUUAGUAGGUUGAUGAACUUCCUUGAAAGGCGCCUCUUGCGUGAUGACGAGGAAGAUGAGAAAAAGUUAGAUAAGAGCCGCUGGUCGUCCAACUUAGAUGCAUUGUGCACAAUGAUUGUAGAUCGUGUAUAUAUGGGUGCUUUUCCUCAGCCUGCCACUGUACUGAAAACUCUGGAGUUCUUGUUGUCUAUGCUACAGCUUGCAAAUAAAGAUGGACGAAUUGAAGGAGCAGCUCCUGGAAAAGGUCUUUUGUCCAUCGCCAGAGGGAGCAGGCAGCUUGAUGCUUAUAUACAGUCAAUAAUUAAGAACACAAACCGUAUGAUAUUGUAUUGUUUCCUGCCAUCAUUCUUGAUUAGCAUCGGAGAGGAUGAUUUUCUUUCACGCUUAGGUUUGCAAAUUGAACCUAAGAAAAAGUCAUCCCCAAACUCUUCAGAGGAAGAUGCAGGAAUUGAUAUCUGCACGGUUCUACAGUUAUUAGUUGCUCACAGACGAAUAAUAUUCUGUCCCAGCAAUCUUGAUACUGAAUUAAGUCGCAGUCUAAAUUGCUGUCUCUGCAUAAAUUUAAUUCCUCUUCUCUGUGACCAAAGACGAAAUGCUGUGAAUAUGGCUGUUGAUGUUGUCAAGUAUCUAUUGGUGCAUCGCAGGGCUGCACUAGAAGACUUGCUAGUCUCUAAACUGAACCAAGGUCAGCUUUUGGAUGUACUACAUGGUGGUUUUGACAAACUAUUGACAGGAAGCUUAUCUGCUUUCUUUGAGUGGCUUCAGACUAGUGAACAGAUUGUUAAUAAAGUAUUGGAGCAGUGUGCUGCUAUUAUGUGGGUGCAGCAUAUUGCUGGAUCAGCAAAGUUUCAUGGAGUGAGAAUGAAAGGUUUGGAGGAGCGUCGUAAGCGGGAAUUGGGGCGCAGAUCACGGGAUAUUGCGAAAUUAGACUUGAGACACUGGGAGCAGGUCAAUGAGCGGCGGUGUGCACUUGAAUUGGUUCGUGAAGCAAUGUCUACUGAGCUGCGAGUUGUUCGUCAAGAUAAGUAUGGAUGGGUUCUCCAUGCUGAAAGUGAGUGGCAAACCUAUCUCCAGCAACUUGUACAUGAGCGAGGAAUAUUUCCAAUGCGCAAAACCAGUCUGACUGAAGAUCCUGAAUGGCAGCUUUGUCCCAUUGAAGGUCCAUAUAGGAUGCGCAAGAAGCUUGAAAGAUGCAAAUUAAAAAUUGAUACCAUCCAAAAUGUUCUAGAUGGGCAGUUUGAAUCAGUGGAAAUAGAGCUGUCCAGAGAGAAAAAUGAGAAUGGUUUUGAAGCAUCUGAUACUGAUUCUGAGUCAUAUUUCCCUCUUUUAGACAGUGGUGUCAAACAGAUUGAUGACAAAUAUUAUGAUGAAUCAUUUUUUAAAGAAUCAGAUGAUAUUAAAGAUGUUGCUUCUGCAAGGAGUGGAUGGAAUGAUGACCGAGCUAGUAGUAUAAAUGAAGCAAGUCUUCACUCUGCUCUUGAAUUUGGUGUCAAGUCUAGUGCUAUCUCUGUCCCAAUGUCAGAGAGCAUUCAUGGAAGAUCUGACACAGGAUCUCCAAGGCAGUCUUCUUCUGUGAAAAUUGAGGAGGGGAAAGGUACUGAGGAUAAAUUGGAUAAGGAACUGCUUGAUAAUGGUGAAUACUUAAUCAGACCUUAUCUGGAACCUCUUGAAAAGAUAAGAUUCAGAUAUAAUUGUGAACGAGUAGUUGGCCUUGACAAACAUGAUGGUAUUUUUCUGAUAGGGGAACUCUGUUUGUAUGUCAUUGAGAAUUUUUACAUUGAUGACACUGGGUGCAUCUGUGAAAAGGAAUGUGAAGAUGAACUCUCUGUUAUUGAUCAAGCUUUGGGAGUAAAGAAGGAUGUUAAUGGUGGUAUGGAUUUCCAACCCAAGUCCACUCCAUCUCGGGGUGUGACAAAGGCAUGGGUUGGUGGAAGGGCAUGGGCCUACAAUGGUGGUGCAUGGGGAAAGGAGAAAGUGUGUUCUAGUGGUAAUCUACCUCAUGCUUGGAAUAUGUGGAAACUUAGUAGUGUUCAUGAAAUCUUGAAGCGUGAUUACCAGUUGCGUCCAGUUGCUAUUGAGAUAUUUAGUAUGGAUGGAUGCAAUGAUCUCCUAGUUUUCCACAAAAAGGAGAGAGAAGAAGUGUUCAAGAACUUGGUUGCCAUGAAUCUUCCAAGGAACAGCAUGCUGGACACAACCAUUUCAGGUUCAAUGAAACAGGAAAGCAAUGAGGGCAGCCGUCUUUUUAAGAUUAUGGCUAAAUCCUUUUCCAAGAGGUGGCAAAAUGGAGAAAUUAGCAAUUUUCAGUACCUUAUGCAUCUCAACACCCUUGCAGGACGUGGAUACAGUGAUCUCACACAGUAUCCAGUGUUUCCAUGGGUUCUUGCAGACUAUGAGAGUGAAAAUCUGGAUCUGUCAGAUCCCAAGACUUUCCGUAAACUUGAAAAACCAAUGGGUUGUCAAACAUUAGAGGGGGAAGAGGAAUUUAAGAAAAGAUAUGAGAGCUGGGAUGAUCCAGAGGUCCCCAAGUUUCAUUAUGGUUCUCAUUAUUCUAGUGCUGGAAUUGUCCUAUUCUAUCUGCUGCGCCUGCCACCAUUCAGUGCAGAGAACCAAAAGUUACAAGGUGGUCAGUUUGACCAUGCUGAUCGUCUUUUCAAUAGUGUAAGAGAUACAUGGUUAAGUGCAGCUGGGAAGGGCAACACAUCGGAUGUGAAGGAACUAAUUCCAGAAUUCUUCUACAUGCCAGAGUUCCUGGAAAAUCGUUUCAAUCUUGACCUGGGAGAAAAACAAUCAGGAGAAAAGGUUGGUGAUGUUGUGUUACCUCCCUGGGCCAAAGGCAGUACCAGAGAGUUUAUCAGGAAGCAUAGAGAAGCACUAGAAUCCGAUUUUGUUUCAGAAAAUCUGCAUCAUUGGAUAGAUCUCAUCUUUGGAUACAAACAGAGAGGGAAGGCUGCUGAAGAAGCUGUGAAUGUUUUCUACCAUUACACCUAUGAGGGAAGUGUAGACAUAGAUUCGGUUACAGAUCCUUCAUUGAAAGCAUCCAUUCUAGCACAAAUUAAUCACUUUGGACAGACUCCUAAGCAAUUAUUCCUCAAACCCCAUGUGAAAAGGCGAUCUGAUAGAAAGUUUCCUCCGCAUCCACUCAAGCACAACAUGCAUCUUGUACCUCAUGAAAUACGUAAGUGCUCAUCUUCCAUAACUCAAAUUGUUACUUUCCACGACAAGGUUCUUGUGGCUGGAACAAAUAGCCUGCUUAAACCCAUAACAUAUACCAAAUAUGUUUCAUGGGGUUUCCCAGACCGUAGCUUGAGAUUUAUGAGUUAUGAUCAAGACAGGCUUCUGUCAACACAUGAAAAUCUUCAUGGUGGCAACCAGAUACAGUGUGCCAGUGCUAGCCAUGAUGGUCAGAUUUUGGUUACGGGGGCUGAUGAUGGUUUAGUUUCCGUUUGGAGAAUCAAUAAGGAUGGGCCCCGCAACCUUCGACGCUUACAAUUGGAGAAAGCACUUUGUGCCCACACAGCAAAAAUUACAUGCCUACACGUCAGCCAGCCUUACAUGCUGAUUGUAAGUGCAUCAGAUGACUGUACUGUCAUUUUAUGGGAUCUCAGCUCCUUGGUUUUUGUCAGGCAGCUUCCUCAGUUCCCAGCACCAAUUUCUGCCAUAUACGUAAAUGACUUGACUGGGGAGAUUGUCACAGCAGCUGGAGUUCUCCUUGCUGUUUGGAGCAUUAAUGGUGAUGGCCUUGCAGUGAUCAACACGUCCCAACUUCCAUCCGAUUCCAUUCUAUCAGUUACAAGUUGUACAUUUUCUGAUUGGCUAGACACAAACUGGUACGUAACAGGUCACCAGAGUGGGGCUGUUAAGGUAUGGAAAAUGGUUCACUGCUCUGAUGAGGGGAGUUCACGAAGCAAGUCUACCAAUAGUGGAGCAGCAGGUUUAGCCCUUGGUUUGAAGGCACUGGAAUACAGGUUGGUUCUUCAGAAAGUACUCAAGUUUCAUAAGCACCCAGUUACAGCUCUUCACCUCACUACUGACCUGAAGCAGUUGCUGAGUGGGGAUUCUGGUGGGCAUUUGAUAUCAUGGACAUUACCGGAUGAGAGCUUGAGAGCUUCAUUGAAUCAUGGGUGACGGUGGAACUUAACAGGAAGCGAUAAUUCCAGCUCCUGCCUAGUUGGGGCAGCUGUUGAUUCCGUUCACCAACCCUAUUUUGUGGGUUUUGUGUUUCCAUUCUCCUCAAGGAAAGAGUUCAUUGUAUGCGGAAAAGGGAAAGCAAGACAGCAGGGCUGGCCUGGGAAUUGGACGAGGUAAAAGACGGGAUGAUACGAGGAAAAAGAAACCUCUCGUAGAUGUUGAUAAAAAUGACAACAAAGUUGAGGCUUACCCUGAUACUGAAGCACAUAAAGAGGGUGAAGCUUCUGAUUUUUGAAAAAUCAAUUGGAUAGGCUGUGUACAAGGAUGGGGGAUUUUGGUUUUGCAUCACUACAUUUGUCUACUUGUUUUUUUUUUUUUUUUUCUCAUUUAUCUUCAUUUUGAUGUAAAUAGAUGAGGUCAUUAACAGUGUGUAAUGAAAAUUGUAUAGCAAAAAGGCUUUUUUUCCAGGAGUGGAAUGUUCAGUGAGAAGAAUAUUGAACAAGCGAACGAUUAAAUUAUUUUGGUAUUCCUUUUGGCUUAAA